CUCUUCCUUUUGCUAGCCGGAUUGCCUUUUGCAAUUCUCAAUUUGAAGCAUAGCUCUUUCCAGCGUGGAUUUUUCUGUAACGACGAUUCCAUCCGCUACCCGUACAAAGAAGACACAAUUUCUUAUCAGUUGUUAGCGGCCAUAGUGAUACCGCUCAGUAUUAUUAUUAUCAUUUUAGGAGAGGCAUUGUCGGUAUAUUAUAAUCAGGUGCAGUCUAAUGGCUUUAUCAGGAAUCAGUAUGUGGCAACCCUUUACAAAGCCAUCGGGACUUUCAUCUUUGGAGCCGCCGUAAGCCAGUCACUGACAGAUAUCGCCAAGUACACUAUAGGUCGCCUCAGGCCUCACUUUCUGGAUGUUUGCAAACCCAAUUGGUCCAAGAUCAACUGCAGUGCCGGCUACAUUGUGAACUUUGCCUGUGAAGGGGAUCCUGUGAAGUCCAGCGAGGCCCGGUGAGUGCAUUGUAUU